GCCAAAUCUCCUGAGCCUAGGCCUACUGCUGUCAGCAUCUCUGAGACCUCUCUCACCUGAGAAUUACCAGGUCUGACAACACUUUCCCUCCAGCCUACAGUGAGGGAUGUCAACAAAGCUACAGAAAACUCACAUUCUGUAGACUUACAAGCUGUGCAGCUGGGCAGGAACCUUACAAUCUCCAUCCUUAGGGAAGGUUCAGAAAUACAGAUAAACGGGGUGAAAACUCAGAUAAGCCGAGCCUGAUAUAUACAAAAGCCUUCAGAUAGUCUCCUCACAGAAGAGCCCAAUUAAGUCCACAUAAUUAGUCCACACAUCUAGAUUAGGUAUAGGCAAAAUGAGCCUUUUCUCCGUCUAUGAAAACAGAGCAAAAGACUGAUAUAAUACUCUAAAAGAUUCUUGUUCUAAUAACAGUACUAUAAAGCAGUUUCACCCAUAUUUAUUUUAAUCAGUAUAAAAGUAGGAGUGUGGAAAAUAAAACAUUGCUUGUAUUUUUAAAAAUUGAUUAAGAAGCUCUGAUAAAACCUAUUGGAGGGGCGAUUGCUGUGCUGAAAGAUAGAGAGGGUGUUGCAAUUGUCAAAUAGCAUCACCAUUUUCUGCUUGUGUGCUAUUGCCUUAGCUCUGAGAGUGAUUGGUUUUUACCAGAUUGUUAGAACACGUCCAAUAGAUUUAGAGACAGUCUAAGUGACUGUGAAAUGCCUCAAGGGCAGUAGAAAUCAAAUAGAAACACAUACCAACUCAAGUCUUGAGUGACGAUGGAGGCGCAUUUUAAAUACCAUGGAAAUCUCACUGGGCGUGCCCAUUUUCCCACUCUGGCAACAGAGGUUGAUACCUCUUCAGACAAGUAUUCCAACCUGUACAUGUAUGUGGGCUUAUUCCUGAGCCUCCUGGCCAUUCUCCUCAUCCUGCUCUUCACAAUGCUCCUUCGGCUCAAACAUGUCAUCUCGCCCAUCAACUCUGACAGCACAGAAAGUGUUCCUCAGUUCACAGAUGUAGAGAUGCAGAGUCGAAUCCCCACUCCCUAAAGCCAGGAUGAAGGUGAGCUUUAGUGGAUCUGGGUAAACCCUUAUAUAUGGAUGUCCAGGAGAGCUUGCUUUCUUGCAUGAAGCUUCCCAUGUAGGGAAUCCACAAGUUGUUCACUUAACAGCAAGCUGUUCAUGUUUUCUUUGUGUUAUUCUUCAUCUUUACUCUGCUUGUGGGCUAUCUAAAACGUUUAAGACUCACUCUGAAAGGAAUAUAGGAAAAGACAGCUGGUUGGGAGGGCUGGUUUCCAUAGUAACCAAACAGUGCCUGGGCCUUGCACAAACCUCAGACCACAGAAAUUCAUGCGCAGUGGUUGUAAGAAGCACAGGGUCCCUGGAAGCUCCAAAAACAAACAAAGAUUUGCUUUUGAAAGGGCUGAUCCUUCAAAGAGGAUAUCCCAAGAAAAGGACAAGUUCUAAUUUAGUGUUUUGAUCCUAGAGAAUCACCUCUAUACAAAGUUAAAUAAUGUCAGAAGUUAAUGGAAGACAAGCCCUUUCCCUAAACAGCAGUGAUUUGAUCAUCUUAGGCAAUCCGGUUUGUUUCAAAUGAAAGAAGAGAUUUAAAGAAACUGUUUCAGUUUAGAGAGCAAGUUUUCAGAAAGAAGUUUCUAGUAAACAAACUCAACUAGAGAGAGAAAAAUGUGCAUAUUAUAUCCAUAUUAAUUCUAUUCAUGCAGCUUCUUUGUCUUUUUCUCUCUCCCUCUCACACUCUAGGAUAGAGUUGCACACAAAUAUCAGCUUUGUUUAAAAGGUGCCUUUGCAAACAAGACUCAACUGUACUUUAGAGCAGAAAUAAAAUGAUGUUGGUAUUCUGUUGUUGAAUAUGGCUUUGGACAAAACAUUCAAGCCUUCUGAGUCCCAGGGUUUUUGUGCUGA